CACAUUGUUUUCCUGCAUGGAUGGACCUCAUCCCGCGCGAUCAAUCAACGUCACCGGCGUGGCGUCAUCGGGCUGCGACAUCCCGAGCAGCAGGUUGAUGACGUCGGCGGGCGGGCGGGCAGCGUGGGCCUGAGCGCCUCUGCAGGUACUGUGUAAGCCCGGGUUCAGUACAUUGCAGUUCACGAUGGAUGCCUUGACUCUUGCUGCGAAAGACAAGUACAUACAGAGCUUAGGAAGCAAAGUAUGUGCCGUCCAGAGCCAGGAGGCACGAAAUCGAAAGUUUGCUUCGAAAAGAGAGAGAUUGGCAAAUGCAGCACUGCCUAAGAAGAAGAGGAGAAAAAAGCAGCAGAAUAAGGAGAAAAGAGUGCUUCCGUCAUUGAACAGGGAACAACCCAAAACUUCUCAAACUGAAACAAAACAGAACAAAACCCACCAAAGACCAAGAGUCAACGAUAUGGACGUGGGUUCAUUUUCAACAGUAAAUAUUCUACGCCAGAGACUGCAUGAAAAAAUUCAAGAAAGUCAAGGGCAGGGUAACCAAAAAGGCUUGUCAUCUGAAGAACUAGAGAAAAAACGUCUGAGGAGAAAGCAGGAAAGGGAAAGGAAGAAACGGAAAAGGAAGGAAUUACAAAUGAAGAAACAAGAGAAUACUGUUCAGGCGAGCAAUGCAGUGACAACUCAAAAUGGAGAGAAGAAAGACAAAGUUGAGAAAGUAGAAACUGACAUCAUCUUCAACAAAGUGGAAGUGACUAGUGAAGCAAUUAAAGACAAGAAACAAAAAAAGAAAGAGAAGAAAAGGAGCAUUAAAGGUGGCAUUACACCUUUGACUGGCAGAAACUACAAACAACUUUUGUCUAGGUUGGAGGCCCAUAAGAAUAAGAUUGAAGAAUUAAAAAGUAAAGAUGAAAAUAAAGCAAAGAAAGUAGAAACAAAAAUGAAGUGGACCAACAUUCUGUACAAAGCUGAAGGUCUAAAAAUUAAGGACAAUGAAGAAAUGUUAAAGGCUUCAUUAAAAAGAAAGGAAAAACUCAAAUCCCAGCGACAGAAACGCUGGGAAAAGCGAACCGAGCAUGUUGUUGAGAAGAUGCAGCAACGCCAAGAUAGAAGAAAAACAAACUUAAAGAGAAAGAAAGAGGCUGUAAUAGAGCGAAGAAAAAACAAGGCAAGAAAGAAGGGACGUAUACUUCCUGAAGAUUUGAAGAAAGUAAAUCUUUGAGGAGGAUAACUAAAUUUCAAAUUGCACAGAAAUAUAAGAAGUGUAAUAUACCAGUCCCACAGCAUUUCAAAUUUCAAAUUUUUUAGUAGUACUUGGUACACAGCAAUUUUUGUUCCAUACUUUUUCACUGUAUUAAAGGAAGGACUUGAUGUUGUUUGUUUUUCUGAACAACUUUACUUUUUAAUUAAGAUUAAUUUUUUAGGUAGCCAAAAUCCUUGGGAUUGUCCUCCAAAAAAGAGUCAGUAUUUUAGGGGAGAGCAGAACAGUUGAAAAUUAACAUCCACUGCCUUAAAUGGGAAGUUUGCUUUCUUCCGCAGUUAAUCAUUGAGCGAUAAAUUAAUUCUUGCUCACUGUAGUAAACACAACUGAUAAUGGAUUGUGGUUUUAUUUUCAAAAAGUGAAUCUUAAGAUGGCACAUUGGAAAUUUCUCUGCAUUUAAAUGUAAUUUGUAACUUGUUCUAGAAGACAUGAAAGCAAAAUAAAGUUUCUAAUGCAGUUAAUAAUUGUUUUAUUUUAAUUUAGUAAGUUGCUACCAAACUGGUGCCAUAUUUUAAAGUCUUUAAAUGUUCAUAUUAUUUUUUGUUUAGAAGAUGGAAUCUUUUGGGGGGAGAAAAAGACAUUACCUCUCAGAAUUACUUCCAAAAACAUUCACAUUUCAAAUCUUCCUGUUGUUCAGACCAGAGCAUGCAGAGAGAAAAAAAAUUAACAUAUUUGGCUGAAUUUGUUGACUAUUGUGUCUGUGAUAGGAAGUUAUCACUUGUGGAAUAGCCAAAUCACCAAAACAUUAACUUAACCACAGCCACCUCUUGCCCACACUGCACCAGAAUAUGUGGAUCCCAGAUCGACCUCUACAGCCACUUAAGGACUCACUCACCUCAGGAGAACAUCAUACUCGGCUCGAGUGAUUGCAUCACUACACUUGUGCAACGUCAAAUCCUGUGUCAAUAUUAUAAAGGCAUGUGGAGUAUUUUUCUGGUAUCCCCUAACGAUGACUAGUUUUUAAUGUAUUGGCUUCUGUAUUUGGUUUCAUAUAGCUACAAUUGUCUUAUUUUGUUACUAGUUGUGCUUCUAUAAUGGACAUGUGUUUAUGUCAGCUCCUAAGCUUAAAAACAGAAAACCUACAGCACAAUACAGGCCCUUCGGCCCACAAAGCUGUGCCAAACAUGUACUUACCUUAGGAGUUACCUAGGCUUACCCAUAGCCCUCUGAUUUUUUAAAUGUAUCCAAAUGUCAUGGAAACAUGACAAAAGAGCUUUGGCUUUGGGCAUUUAGUAAAAUAGGUCUGCCAGAAAGUAAGCUGGUGAAUGACAAACUCUGUUUAAAAGUUCUGAUCAAAAUCUCUUUAAUUGUUUAAUCAGUAGUUCGGUUCAUCAAUAACUUGUAUCAAUAGAGUGAGAUGGAAUAUUAAAAGUUAUGAAAGUCUGUCUAGGGAGGCAUGGUUCUAAGAGCACAUUUCACAGUUCACCACAUUUCAGGAAAGUGCACAUAUCUUUGUAUAUGUGGUGCAUAAUGAUGUGUAGUUUUAAAAAAAGUACAAUUCAGGAAUCAAAUGAAGAGAUAGCUUUUCAGAACAUAUUCAUGAUACAUUAAUUGCAUGAGGAUUAGAAAGAAAGAUUGGUGAAAGUUAAUUAUAGAAACUUUAACUAAUUGAUUUGUCUCAAUUCGUAAUUCUUGAACUUUAAAUUAUCCUAUUCAAGAAACAGGCCUAGUUUUUAAAUGAGGAAAAGUGGGAAAUCUAAUGAAUAAAUAAAGGUGGCAAUGUGUUAAAAUCAGAACUUUCAAGUUUGCUGUAUUUUUUUCUUGAGUCGAAAAGCUUUUCUGUAUUUAUAAAGGAAAAUUGCAGAUUAUCUGUUGUGAUGCCAAACUGAGAUGAGCGCAAAGUUGCUAACUUUACCUUAAUGUCCACAAAUGUAACAAAUACCUUUCAUCUUUGAUGAUGUUGCAUAGUUAAGCUGCCUUUUUUCCUCAUUUAAAUUAUAUAUGAUGUUCGCCUCAGUCAUCUGUAGGAGACUGAUCUUCAGUUUAUAGUAACCCUAAGGGAAAUGUGCAAGGUAUGAAUCAAAUAAUGCAAAUGCCAACAUAGUCUGAUUAGUUCACAUAGCUGUUGUCAUUUUAUUACGUGUAAAUCUUUUUGCAACACGGCAGAACAUUUCUCAAAUUGUCGGUAAAUUUCUAAAGUGACCCUUUUUAAAUCCUCACUGUCCUCUAUUAUGAUUAACUAUAUCUUAAACCUGCAUGCAGUAAAUGAAAUAGUUGCUAAGUAUGUGAAAAUCUGCUUUAACUGUUAAAGUAAGUUAUCCUCUAUUUUAACAGUUGGGUGUCUCAUCUAAUUCAUUUCAGAUUGCUUGGUUACUUAAUUCCUAACAUUGUUGGAGUUCCUUGAGGGGGUAAUAAAUUGAAUACAGGAAAAUAGGAGCAGACAUGGACUCCUUGCCUCCUCAAGUUUUCCCUGCUAUUCAAUAUCAUAAUGGUUGAUCAAUAAUUGCCUCAAUUCUUCUGUGCCAGUUACCCAUAACACUCAAUUCAUUUCAAAUAGUCCUCUAUCUCCACCUUAAAUAAUAACAAUCUGGUCUCCUUGGUGCAAGAGAAUUCUGGAGAUACACUACCUCAGAGAAAAAAAUUCUCCAUGCAGUUUUAAAUGAUCAACAACUUAUUUUUGAUCUUGGUCAUAACUUUCCCACUGGUGAAAAUAUUUCAACUUUUAUCCUGUCAUAUGUUCUUAGGACCUUAUAUGUUUGAAUAAGGUCACUACGUAUUUUUCUAAACUCCAAGAAUCUCUUGAGCACCUACUCUCAGAAGUUAGUCUGGUGAAUCUCCUUCGGACUUACUGCAAUUUUGUUUUUUAUUUAGGUAUGGGGACCAACACUGAUCAGAAUAUUCUAAAUGUAGUCUUGCCAACACUCUGUACAGCUAACAAAAUUUCCCUGUUCUUAGAGCAUCAAUUCCUUUGCAGUAGAAGUGGAUAUGUUAUUUGUCUUUUUAUUUAAAGUUCAAAGUAAAUUGUUAAAGUACAUAUAUGUCAUAUAGUACAUAUAUGUCUGAGAUUCAUGUCAGUUAAUACAAAGAAACACAAUAGAAUAAAUGAAAAACUGCACACAACAAAGACUGACAACCAAUCUGCAAAAGAUAGAUUGUGCAAAUGCAGAAAAGAAAAAAAGUAAUAAAUAAUGAGAACAUGACUUGUAGAAUCCUUGAAUGUAAGUCCACAUGUUAUAGAAUCAGUUCAAUGUUGGGAUGAAUA